AAAGAAUACCGUUCACAUUAUUUCUCCACUUGUGAAUGCAUUACGUUAUACCAACAAAGGAUAGGAUCGAGCUUGGCGCAAGGGCACCCGACGCUGGUCCUGCUAUGGCCGGAGAUCGGCCAGGACAUCGGCAAGCUCCAGAUGUUGCCAUCCUUUGAGGCCCAGGGCGCGCGGCUGGUGGAGGCGUCGCUGGAGGACCACGCGGGCCUCCUCGCCGCCGUGGCGCAGGCCGACUUGGUGGUCUCGGCCAUGUCCGGGGCGCACAUCUGCAACCACAAUCUCUCCCUGCAGCAUAAGCUCGUCAAGGCUAUCAAGGAGGCUGGGAACAUCAAGGUCUGUCACUUUUAUGUGCCCUUGCAGCUUCCACUAUACUUACUAGCUACUAAUUCGUGGUUUAGAAAGAUUCCUUUUUAAUCUGUUUUGUUAAGUUUUUUAAGGGUUUGUUUAGUUAGAAGGGGAUUGAAGAAAGCUUCCUUUUUAAUCCAUUUUGUUGAUUGAGUCGCAUUCCCGAAUCCAUACUUAA